AUGGCUGAUAAAUUAUUUAUGGAAAAAAAAACUAUUGGAUAUAAAAUACGACUUAUCAGUUUGUUUGAAUUCGACGAAAAGCCGCUUAGUAAAUACGCGGUGAUAACUAUGUUCCGAAUAUUCAAUUGGGUUGUAGUAACACUUAUUGUUGUGGCAAAUGCUGCCGAUUUUUGCAUAAAUAUCAACGAUUUUCUAGAAGUGGCUUAUAAUUUGAAUUACAUGGUACCAUUUUUGAUGACAGAAUUAAAGUCAAUGGCAAUUUAUUUUCAACGAAGUGCAUUUCGACGUCUUAUUGAUGAUAUUCACGAGCCUAUUUCAUUUUUAAAGCAUUCUUCAGUCCGGGGAGCGUUUCCAUUAAACGAAACCCAGAGUCCAACUUUUGAACUAAUUUUGGGCACUCAAUGCUACGGAUUAUUCAUCGCCUGCGUUUGGACCGUUGUCUUCGACACAACGCUUCUAGGAUUUAUCCGAUGGCUCAACGUCCAAUUAGUCAUCCUCCAAGCGAAUUUCCGUCAUUGCAAUGACAUCACCACAUCUCGCGCCAGUCUUUCAGUAUCUCAGCAAAACUACAACAUCAUCCAGGCUUACCAAUUCUUAAAAGUCCCCGAGGAGCAAAAGGAAAUCCGGUCUUUUGUGCCGUUUACUCUCAAGGAAGCUAACAUUGAAACCGAUUCAUUUAUUCUGAGAUUCCGAACUUGUGUCAUCAAUCAUCGACGGCUCAUCGACAAUCUCAAAAACUGCAAUGACUUUUUCCAACUUGUUAUGUUUGGACAGAUAGUUUCAAGUGUUCUUCUUGUCUGCGUUGGACUCUUCGUCCUUGUUAUGGUGAGUAUCUCUUCAACACAGAAAAAAGUAAACUGUUAUAAAUAA